UUUUGUUUCUUUUUUUCAUUAUUUUACUGCAUAAACUAAAUAAAUGAGAAAGGGUGCUUCUUUGAAAUAAAACACUUAAAAAAUAAAAAUAUAUAUUAUUUGGUUACAUCCGCUGACGAGUGGACGAAAUAUACUGUGGACGAAUCGUCUCUGGACGAAAUCUACGGUGGACGAAUCGUCAAGAGACCGUCAGUUCGUCACAUCCGUUCUAGACUUCCGUCAACAAGUACUCGCGGGAAUAACAAACUGUAGACUUAGGCUGUUACUAGCUGCAAGUGAGUCCACGUGAUGAGUUUAAAAUGUAUCAAAUUUUUGUUAUAUUAUGGUAUUUUGACUGCAUGAUGAUGUUGACCAAUCAAAGUGCAGGAGCGGCAUGUUACAUACAGCUCACUAGAGUACUCGUUUGAGGUGCGCUGAGUGACAGCGAGUCGCAAAAUCAAUCGUCCUCUGUGUUGUUUCCUGUUCCAAGUCAAGAGCUCCAUAACAAAGGCUGUGAAGCAAUUGAUCUUCAAGAUAAUGAACUCACACGAAAAUAGGAAGUGCAGUGGUGUAGAUGAAAUUUCCUGUGGUCAGUGGAACAGUAAGAAGAGGAAAAUGGAUACCGCUGAAGAUGUGUCGCAAACUCUCAGUUAUUCCAACUCUGGAAGCAAUCAUUCAUGUCGACCUAACUUCUUACCUAUCAGAAGAACCAAUUGUAUCUACCACACUGAGGACUGGGAACCAUCUGGCACAGCCUUGUUUAAACCUCUUUUAGAAGAUAUUCUAAUCAACACAUUGAAACAUGAUCAGAUCAGCUGUAUGGAGGGCAGCUAUUUCAUUGCUGACAACCAUGGAAACUAUCAACAGAAGGUGACAGGUCAUACUGUCCACUUGUGGAGAUACGAUAAACAGGGGAAAAAAUUAUACAUUUCCAGAUCAUUUCUCUUCACGAAUUUACAGGAGUAUCUUGUUGUGCAGCAGUUUUUGCAGAGACUGUGAAGUUAGAAAUAUUUGCAGCGAAUUGAGGAUUUAAAAAAUAUAUUUUUUUAUGUUUUAUGUCAUACAUGUGAUAUAUUUUUAUGAGAUCAUAC